AUGGAUCUUUUGGUGAUAACAUUAUUUAUAGGUUUUGUAUUGUGCUUGUUAAUUGUUGCGCCUCGUAUUCGUAAAUCUGAUGAUGGGAAACUGGUAAAGUCUCAUUUUAGUGCCAAGGCAUUGAAAGUGCACACCAAAGCCGAAGUUUCAUUACACAACAGAAGGACCGACUGUUGGAUAAUCAUUAAAAAUAAGGUUUAUGAUGUCACCCCUUAUGUAGAAGAACACCCUGGUGGUGAUGCCAUCCUGGCACAUGCUGGCGAUGAUUCUACUGAAGGUUUCUUUGGACCACAACAUGCUACCCGCGUCUUUGACAUGAUUGAGGACUUUUAUAUAGGAGAUUUAGUGAAAUGA